AUGAUGGAAUACGCGCAAUACCCACAACAGGCACAGAACGCGCAUUCGGGAUACACGAACAACUCCACCUCUAGCAACAUCACCUCCCCUCACGGCGUACAGACGUCACCCAUAUUGUCUACGCAACAACAGUCACCCACACAGGCGCAGGGACACAACAUGUAUCAGCCACAGUACAACGUCCCUCAACAGGGCAUGCACUAUGGCAUGCCCCAAAUCCAGGCCGCCGCCAUGGCGGCGACCGCGGCGGCGUCGGGAACCAACUACCCUUACAACAUGUCGGACCCCAGCUUGCCCCAGACCUCCCCGCGAAUGGGCGGAACGAAGAAGGAGGCCAACCGCGAUCCCAGAUCACCAACCCAGAUGAACAACGUUUCGCAGCUGCCCGGUGGUCAGCGCCGCCUCAGCCAAGUCACCAGCCCUGGCGUGCCGGCACAGGGAAUGAUGAACCACGUCGCGCGGCCCGGCGCGGCCCCGCCUCAGAUGCCCCAGGCCCAGGUCAUGCAGCACCCGCAGUCCCCGGAGAUGCCCGCAGGCGGAGUCGAGGAAUCUCCCCUCUAUGUCAACGCCAAGCAAUUCCAUCGCAUUCUGAAGCGCCGUGUCGCACGCCAAAAGCUCGAGGAGCAACUCCGCCUUACGUCUAAGGGCCGCAAGCCGUAUCUCCACGAGUCAAGACACAACCACGCCAUGCGCCGACCUCGUGGUCCCGGCGGACGCUUCCUCACAGCAGAGGAGGUUGCCGCCAUCGAGCGCGACAAGACCUCCGGCACCGAUGCCCCGAAGGACGAGUCUGUCAGCUCCAAGGCCGGCUCCAAAAGAAAGUCCGAGGCCGACGACGGUGACUCUAACAAGAAGCCAAAGACGGCCUCCGAGAGCCCGGAGGAGGAAGACGAGGAGGAGGACGACUCCUGA